AUGGCCUGGCGUAAAAAGAGCAAGAAAAAUGUGCCAAUCGUACCGAUCAGCGAAGACGAAGUAAAUGCAAUCGAGGAGAAAGUCCAGGACUUGGUUAAAACACAACUCCCACUGGGAAGAGUGAAGAAAAUUGUCAGACUGAAUCCAGACGUUGAAAUGCUGAAUGCAGAGGCUUUGCAAAUGAUGACAAAGUCAGCGGAAUUGUUCAUCAAAGAGCUCAGUAAUGCCGCAAAUCAGAAUGCGUUGACUGAGAAGAGAAAAACGAUUCAGCCAAAGGAUAUUGACAAGGCGAUCAAGAAGAUGUGGGAAUUCGCUUUUCUAGAAGAUGCACUCGAUGGGUGGCCGAAAAUGCAGCCCAAGAAGCGGAAACCGAAUUCCAGUCAAGAUGAGACUGUGGCGGAGGAGACGAUUGUAGAAGAAGAAGAGCACGAAGAGGAGCAUGAUGAGGAGCAUGAUGAUGAUGCCGUGGUUGAAGCCUUAGAUGACGUGGCAGAAGAAGAAGUCGAAGAAGAUGAAUUGCCGGAGACAGUACCGGAUGAGGUCGUUGAGAACGAUGAUCAGCCACCACUAACAAUGAAAGAUUCAUUUGCCGAACAAUUUUAA